CGCGUUUGAUUUGAGCACUGGUGUAUUUCCGUUUCAAGUUUUAAUGACACAAAGCUACAAUCACCCCGCCUGCAACUCAUUAAGGUGUAUGAAACGAGCGCAUGUUUGGCAGGACAGUGGGAGCCCACUCCUCGUAGGUAGUUGAGCUGCAGCUAAGGUGUCUCUUUAGCUGCAGCUAACAGGUAAAUAAGCUCCAAGCUUAGGAAUGGCGGAGGGUAGUGGGAAUGUUAACCCGGCCAGCCUUCCUCCGGGAGACCCGCAGCUUAUCGCUAUGAUUGUGGAGCAUUUAAAGAACCGGGGACUUUUUGACGAGUUUCGUCGGGACUGUUUGGCCGAUGUUGACACAAAGCCUGCCUAUCAGAACCUGCGACAGAAGGUGGACAACUUCGUCACGUCCCAUCUGAGCACACAGGACUGGACCCCGACCAUCAACAAGAACCAGAUGAGAAAUGGACUCAGACAAAGUGUUGUUCAAUCAGGCAUGCUGGAGUCUGGUGUGGACCGGAUUAUAACUCAGGUUGUGGACCCAAAGAUGAACCACACUUUCCGGCCAGAGAUAGAAACUGCUGUUCAUGACUUUCUCUCAGGGGAUCGGAAGGAAGAGAGCACCUCAAGUUCUAACCCUGCAGCAUCCGAACAGACAGAAACACAAGAGUCCACUAGUGCCUCCGGCCCCAAAACCCCUUUGAACCUGUCCGGCGUUGGGGGUUUCCUGCUGCUGGCGUGGCAUCAGGUGCUGGCCGUGGAGCUGCAUGAUGUUCCGGAGAAACAGGGUGUCAAAAACCGCCUCUCGCUGCAAAACACAGCUGAGAUCCAGAGCUGCCUGGUGAGUUCAGGAAAUGUCGGCUGUGGGAUGUUUCAGUGCUUCAACAACAACUCCUGUGAAAUCCAAGGCUUGCACCACAUAUGUCUCACCCUGCUGCACAAUGCCGGGCACUUUGACUCCCAGGGGAAAUCCUUUGUGAAGGAUGCGCUGCGAUGCACAGCGGCGGGACUGCGGCAGCGUUUCAGCUGUGUGAGCCGCCGAUGCUCUGCAGUGAGAGAGAUGGUCUUCUCACUUCAGAGAGAGUGCUACUCCAAACACAACCUCUGCCUCGCUCUGCAGGACCACAUUGACACCAUGGGAAGCCUGGUCCAGUUCCACCUGAUGUUUCCCACAGGGCCAUACGUUGAGCUGAUAAACUUCCUAUUGAGGUGCGGAGACGAGAUCCAGGUCUGGGUCGGACAGCGGCUGCGAGGCCAGUGCGAGCAGCACUGGGGGGCGCUGUGCGGCAGCUUCACCAACACCUGCCCUCUCAGCCAGUCGGAUGCUCUUGAGCACAGCACCCCUCCGCCCGCAGCGGCCCAGCCCAUCACUGCUGCAGAACCUCGACAGCAUCUGACAGGAGAAGGCCAGCUGGAUGACAGAGUCCCCGUGAGGCUGUCGGACAACUCUACAGAGUCUGCUGUGUAGGUGGGCGAGAGGAGGAGGUGCACACAGGGUACACCAACAUUACGCACUUGCAUCAGCAGCAGAUAGAAAUACUUUUGGAGGACUUUCAGAGAAAACGGCGCAGCGUAAUCUAGUCUGUUUGCAGGUUUUGGCUGAUAUUCAUCUUUUCUCCGAACAUUUAAAUAAGGAUGAAGGCCGGUCAUCUACCUCACUUUAACCAUAGUGUCAUAUAUCUAGUAGGAACACACACACCCAACACUACAGAGAACAUGUUCAGAGCUCCCGUGCAGCUGAUGAGUUCAAAUCCGAUUCGUGUUUUUGUAUUUAUAGGUUUUGUAACACUGAGCACCGAACAUCAAACACACAAAUACACAUGCUUUAGACAACCGAGAGGAAGGAAGUAUUAUUUAAUAAUAUUAUUAGUAAUUUUUUAAUGAGUGGUUUUGUUUUAAUAAUAAAAAAUUAAAGAGCAUUUUGUAAAAAUUAAUGUUAAAAACUCUUGUGAGGAAAAAAAGUGAGAAUUUACUUAGAAAAUAAAUUGUUUUAUUAUUUAGGCAAAGUAAUGAUGCGUUCGGGUACUUCUACAGGAUUGUUGUGCUACAUGUUGAAAAUAAUAAAUGUUCAUUCAAACA